AUGGCGACGCGCGCCGGCGACGCGCGCGCGCGCGCGACGACGACGACGCGCGUUCGCCAGGGUGUGCGAUUCGGGGCGCGACGCGCGGCGACGGGGCGACGUCGCGCCGUGAACGAAGCGCCGCUCGAGACGGCGACGCGGCGACGCGACGAUGGGGCGAGCGCGCGGCGCGUGUACGACGGCACCGUGCUGUUUCACGUGUACGACACGCUGGAGGCGCCGAUACCAAUCUUUGGGACGUUCCUGGAGGGCGCGCUGCACGUCGUCGAGGUGGCGAGGUUUCAUCCAAACUUUGUGAGCGCGCACUUUCACUACGCGCUCGGGAACGGGGAGGAGAGAAUAGACGCUCGAGAACCCAACGCUUGCUUCAAUUGCGCGCUGUUCGACGACGUGGCGCCGGAGGACAUGUUUGCGGCGUUUUCGGAUUUCGUCGACGCGGUGGAGAUGGGGCAUCUGAACCAAACCGAACACGCGCUGGCGUGCAGAGAAAUCGCGGCGUACGCGCCGAGCGACGCGGACGGGGCGUCGGCGUUCGCGAGAACGCGCGCGAAACGACGAGAAAUGAUCGAGGCGGCGGAAGGCUCGGACGCGGUGGUGCCGGUGUUUGGUUUCGACGAGUCGAACGUCGUCAUCUUCGUCGGCGUCAAGGCGAACGCGGGCGGCGUCGACGCGAAUGAUUGGGCGACCACCUUCGGCAUCACGAGCGCGCAAGCCAUCGUCGGCGCGGGUGCGUUUCAAGACGCUUCGCUUUUCGAAGUCGUCAAGAGCUCCAAGGCGAACGAAGUCGAUCACAGGUUUACGCACGUCGCUCGCGUGAGCCUCGGGCCGGUGGGCCAAGACGAAGCGCUCGUGAGCGCGGCUGAGGACGUGAUUCGUCGCGCGUGCGCUGCGAUCGAUCCAAGCGCUCUCAUCGCACCGUACGCGUGCGUAUAUAACAUCGGGAAGAAAGGCACGCCGCCGGGCGCGCUUCCAGCUAUGCGUGAGAUUGCAAAGAAGAAGAAGGAAAACGACGAAAUGUCGACGCAAUCGACUCGUACGACGGCGGAUGUGUAA